AAAAAACUCUCCAUACUUUCUCUACUCUCUAGUCUCCAUAUUAUUCAAGAAAAUACAUUCACAGAAGUUGAGAUCUUAAGAUGGGUAUUCUUCGGUUGCCAUCAAUGAUAACAAAUGCCAAGCAAAUCCUCAAGAAACAAACUUUUAAUGCAAGAAAUAUAAAUGUACCAAAAGGUCAUGUUGCUGUUUAUGUUGGAGAAAAGCUAGAAAAGAAAAGAUUUGUGGUUCCAAUAUCAUACUUGAAUCAUCCUUCUUUUCAAGAUUUGCUUCGCCGAGCCGAACAAGAGUUCGGAUUUAAUCACCCGAUGGGCGGUCUAACGAUUCCUUGCGAUGAAGAAGCCUUCGUUGAUCUCACUUCUAGGUUUUACUCUUAAGGAAAGCUUGACAUUUUUUACUCAAGAUAUUCAUUUUUUUCUUUUAUUUUUUUUCAGACAUUCUCCUAUUUUUUCAUCCUCGAUCGGAUGUGGACAUGAUAUAGGAGGAUUGUGUAGUGUGUACAAAAUGUAAAUUUUUCCACACAAAGUGGAUGGCAGAUUGCUUUAUAUAUAUUAUGCAAAUGCAAUCAGUUUUUAUGAAAUAUUUGUAACUUUUAAUUAUAAUUUAUUUUAGUUUGGAUUGAAA